CGCCAUUGCGCAUGUCUAAAAAUUACGUCAAGUUCAUUUUGCUAACCGACUGAGUGGACAGAGAAAUCGACGAAAAAGGAGUAUCCAGCCAAACAAUUAUAGUUUACCUCAUACAAUGGAUACAGAAAACGACUUCAUGAACAGGGAUACAGGCGCUGAAGCGUUUGAGAAGGUGGAUAAGAUCCCGGAGCAGGACGAGGAGGUGUCCACCACGUCAUUUUCGGGUGAGACGGUGGAGGCAGACCGUUAUGAGCCAGACUAUACAUCACAAGCGAAAACGUCUGGUUCUGUUAACACUGAAAAUCUUUUAGAUCUUGACUAUGGGGAACAAUAUGGUCAGAAUGCCCCAUCAAAUUUCGAUCAGUUUAGUAGUAGCAAUACCGAUACUGAACCCUUGAAACCCUCUGCACCCCCUGCUUCUGGUUUUGACUUACUAGGUGAAACUGAACCCGAUACCUACGAAAACAGUCCCAUCACUUCAUCCUCAGAAAAAGAAACACCAGUUAAACUGCCCGAAAGAAAAGAUGCAGUUGCAGCACCAGCAGCUGAGAGGACUAAGCCCUUAGAAAUUGAUGCUUGGUUGAAAAAUGUGGACCCAAGAGUAGGACAAAAGAGUAAAAUCGAGAAGAAAGAUGAAGCAAAAGUGGAAAAUGAAAGUAGCGCUGGGGUGUAUACAUUGCUGGAUCUGAUCUACUGGCGGGAUGUGAAGAAGACGGGAGUGGUCUUUGGCUCCAUGUUGUUUGUCCUUCUGUCACUUUCCUGUUUCUCUGUCCUGAGCGUGCUGGCCUAUCUCUCCCUGGCUGUCCUAACUGUCACCCUCAGCUUCAGGAUCUACAAGAAUGUCCUGCAGGCUGUACAGAAGUCCGGAGAGGGCCACCCAUUCAAACACUUCCUGGAAAUGAACAUUGACUUACCAGAAGACAAAGCCCGAGAUGCUGUUGUUGAUAUUCUGAAGCACCUUAACUGCACCUUCCGGGAGCUUAGGCGCCUGUUUUUGGUGGAGGAUUUAGUAGACUCUAUCAAGUUUGGACUUCUUCUGUGGGUGUUGACCUAUGUUGGAUCCUGGUUCAAUGGCAUGACUUUAAUCAUCUUGGCUGUAGUUGCUAUCUUCACUUUGCCCAAAGUGUAUGAAACAUACAAGGUUCAGAUUGAUAACUACGUUGAUCUGGCACGCACACAAAAAGACAAUGUUUGGAAACAAGUCCAGGAAAAGGUUCCCUUUUUGAAGAAAAAGGAGAAGAAGCAAUAAGCUGGCUGAUAGAAAUGAAUAGUAAUGAAUUAUCAACAAAACAUGUAGCUUUUUGUGGACUGUAGUUUAAUCAGUUGUGUGUUGUCACCAGAGACUUGUGAAUAUAUUUGUGUAAAAUAUUGACUGUAUUAAGCAGGCUAGCUAUUUAUAUUUGUUGAUUUUUUUGGAAAAAAACAUUUGUAUUUAUAGUUAUUGAGUAGAGAUUUGAGAACAGUGUGUACAGGGAAAGUUUCCAUUUGGUAUAUGUGUGAGUGAGAUUGGCCUUAAAGUCCUUAAACCCCACAUACAUGUAAUGCCCCACCUAAAUUUUGCUAUUGAUAUGUACAAAUGUUUAAAGUCCAUUGUCCAACACAUUUAAUUCAUUAGUUAUUCAGAAAUCAUAAUAUUUUUGUUAUUCCUUUGUUGAAUGGUUGACGGGGUAUGAUUUGUUUAUAGUAUGUUGAAUGUCUUGUUUGUUCUUGAUAAUUUUAUUUCUUUAUUUUGCCAACAUGUCUCCUUAGCGUGCUAUUUUUAUGUUAUAAUUAUGUCCACCAGUUACCCCUUCUUCUUGAAGUGCUAUUAUUUUGUAAAUUUUCGCUUCCAACAUCACUUAGAUUUAUAAAACCAAAGUUAGCCAGUUAUUAUGGCUCCUCACCUGUGCCAUUAUGCCAGCCUUGUUUGUAUCUAUGUCUAGUAUUCAUUUUUACUACCUAGAGUGGACUAAAACCGAAUGUCUCAAAUCAAAUUCUAGCAUGUCCCAACUUGGAAGAUAUUUUCAGUAAUUUUACACCAUAUGCUAUUUUAUGUAUCAGAAUAGUCGAUAUUUGCAGAAUAAAAUUGGACAUGUCCAAAAGUCCCAAAUGAAUCCAGAAUUUGUAUGAAUGGACUUUUGAUCUCGAUGCGCAUUGUAAUAAUUAGUAGGAAAGAGAUGAAAACAAUGGAAGAAACUUAGUGAACCUAGUGUCUCUGAAGAGUCUCUGAAUGUUUACAUGACAUUAGUUGCAUAAUACUACACUACUUUAUAAUAACAUCAGCAACUUUGUAUUACCUUGUUUGUCUCGUAGACAAGUUAUUUUUUCCACAGCCCAUGCUUGUGAGGCUUAUGGUAUUUGUAUCCAUAGUACAUGUUACUUAAUGUUGUAUUACAUAUAGCUUCUAUGAAAAUUUUCAAUGUAUAACAUAUAUAUAAUGGAGCAAUACUCCUGUGGUGUGGUGUAGUCUUUAUUUUUUUUAACUGUACAUCAACUGUUGUGGCUGUGCAGUUUAAACAAAGAUGUAAUGAGGGAUUGAUGGUGUAUUUUCACCAACAGAUGAUGUCUGGCACAUAUAUUUGGUUAUUAUGUGAAUACAAUGGUUGUUGUACAUUUAUUACUGAUGCUGGAUUAUGUAAACAAUGCUAUACCUUGCUUAUUUAUCUUAACGUUUAUGAAACUACUUUCCAUCAUUAUUAAAGCUUUUUUGUUGGUGAUAAAAAAUGUAUUAUUUUAGCAGUGCUGAAAAACUAAUACAUGUAUGUGCAUUUCAUAGGAUGAGUAUGAUUUCAGUGUACAUUCUAGUCCUACACUUUGGUUAGUUAGAUGAUGGAAAUUUGACAGCAUUUCCCCCAUUUUUGUAACACCUUUCAAGGAUUUGACAUUGCUUGCUGGUGAUGGACAAAUAAUUUCUUAUAGACAAACUACAAUUGUCUCCCUUGACCAAGUCAUUAAUUUGCAAAAUUCAAAAUUUUGUGUGUAAAUAUUAAACUUCAGCAGCAAUACAUUGUAAGGAGUAAGGUGUCUGUACAGAGUUGUUUGUCAUGUACUUAAUAUAACAUUGAACAAGGGGAUAGUAACAUGUAGUAGAUAGAGAAGUUAAUUGAUCUCAAUGUACAUACCAUUAUAAUGCAGAAAACUGAACUAUGUAUUAAAGAUUCAUGAUUGUGUGAACAGUCUUUAAUUAACUGACACCUAUACAUAUUCAAAUUCUUUCUGAAAUUCAAGACAAAUAUGAAAUAAAAAGCUUUCUUUGAUUUAUCCAUGGAAUCGAAAUGAUUGAAAUUUUUUUUUAAAAAGUGUAACAAAUAUUAUAAACAUUUGUAAUGGACACUAAGAGCACAUUUUUUUUGACCCAGCCUUUCCUGAAUACUCAGAUGUGUGGAUGUUAUUUUUUGUCCAGUCAUACACCUUGUUCAACAAAUUCCUUUUUCUCUUGCCCUGUUAAGUUGAAGCUUAACUUGUAUAAAUUUGUCUUCUGUCUGGCUUGAAAUUUGUGACUUUAGAUGUUCUUACAAAAUUAAACUGAAUGUUCAAUAUCG